AUGGCUGGACGCUUUGUGCGAUCGUCCAAGUAUCGCCAUGUUUUCGGUCGCCCUACUCGCAAGGAGCAAUGCUACGACAAUUUGAGAAUCUCAAAGAACGCCUGGGACUCUAAUUUGGUUAAAGCCAACCCAGAGUAUAUCUCCGUUAACUGGGAAGCAAGCGGAGGCGGCGCGUUUGCUGUCAUACCAGUCGAAGAAAGAGGACGCGUGCCAGAUAGGAUACCGCUGUUCAGAGGCCAUACUGCAGUGGUACUUGACACUGACUGGAACCCUUUCAACGAUUCGCUGCUAGCUUCGGGGUCUGAUGACGGAAAGGUCUUUUUAUGGCGCGUGCCGGAGAACUUUACACUACACCCGGAUGUUAAGCCAGACGAGAUCGAAGACGUUGCACCCGUUGGCAAGCUUUCUGGACACCCGAGAAAAGUCGGCCACGUACUCUUUAAUCCUGCUGCCGAGAAUGUGCUAGCCUCUUCAUCCGGUGAUUUCACGAUCAAAUUAUGGGACAUAGAAGCUGGUACUGCAAAAUUGAGUCUGAAAGUCGGCGAAGUCAUCCAAUCAAUGUCCUGGAGUGCGAACGGAUCUCUACUUGUUACCACAUCCCGAGACAAAAAGCUAAGAAUAUGGGAUGCUAGACAAGAGAAGCCUGUUGUAGAAACCGCAGGUCACGCAGGUGCAAAAAACAGCAGAGCAGUAUGGAUGGGCGAGCACGAUCGCAUAGCGACUACAGGCUUCUCGAGGAUGAGCGACAGACAGCUCGCCUUGUGGGAUAUCAAGGCCUACCGUGAGCCAGUCGGUGGUUUCCAGAUGCUCGACUCUAUAUCAGGUGUCUGUGUUCCGUUCUGGGACGAUGGAACUCAAUGUCUGUACCUUGCUGGUAAAGGUGACGGCAAUAUUCGCUACUACGAAUUCGAGAACGACAACUUUGAGUAUCUGUCCGAGUACAAAUCUGCCGACCCGCAGAGGGGAAUCGCCUUUGUGCCGAAAAGAGGUGUCAACACGCAUGAAAACGAGGUUAUGCGAGCUUACAAGACGGUGAACGACAGCCACAUCGAACCAGUUUCUUUCAUCGUGCCGAGACGAGCUGAAGCAUUUCAAGAAGACAUCUACCCGCCUACGGUUGGUCUGAAGCCAGCAGUAAGCGGUAAAGAAUGGUUCGAGGGAUCGGAAGGCUUGCCGCCAAAGAUAUCGAUGGAGAGCUUGUUCGAUGGUCAAGGAAUAAAGGAAGUUCCACAGGACGAAAUCAAGCCUGCUGCAAGGCCUGCUCCAAAAGCAGAACCUGCACCAACCGCUACCAAGAAACAGGAAGAACCUGUGGUAGUUGAACCUCCGUCAGUAGCAUCUAAAGCUCCGCCAGCGUCCAUGAAGGAGCAGGGCGCGUCUAUGAGCUCAAUGGUGGACAGAUUCGCAGAUACUGAGCCGACUGAAGAGGAAGAUGAGGAGUCGGAGUUUGAGGAAAUAUCAAAACCAGCACAACGACCAGCCACCAAAUCUGUACCAGAAGAUGUGGUCAAAGAAUCCGUGUCCGCCGAAACACCAUCAACUGUCAAGGUCGAAGGUGCACUGCCGCCCAAAAAGGAUACGACUCCAACGUCAACGACCCAGAAGCAGGAAGAACAGAUUGAUCUACAGCCACAAACAACUUCUACGGCGAGCGAACUGGACGAGGAUGUCCAGACAUCGUCAGCCGGCACCAAUGAAGCUACAAGCAUCGCUUCGUUGGAGCGAGAGAUGCGGAACAUGAAGACCGUGAUCGCACAGCAGACACGACAGAUAACGAUCUUGCAGAAGACCGUUGAGGCUCUAGUAUCGGCACUUAAGAAAUAG